CAAAUGCAAAUGAAAUAGAAAUGGACAGUAAACAGGGUUUAUCUAAAUCGUUACAAAAGGAUUUAAUGUAUAUAUUUAUUUAUAAGGUGCUUCUGAAUUCUGAAUACUUUGUUUUUCUAAACAGGUUCUUCAUCACUCAGCCAGUUAUUGCUUCCUAAAAUCUGCUUUUUGAAAAACUCCUAAAGGCACUUUUAAGAGCCACGUCAGUCUGUUUGUAUCUGUUCUUACUGCUGUCCUUAUUGGUCUGUCUCUCUGUUUCUCUCCGCAUUUUUGUCUCUUUAACUCUUCAGCUAUUUUUUAGUCAACCUAUAAUUUUCCUUUUGUCUGUCUGCUGCCUUUUCUGUGUGUAAUUAUUCUUUGUUCAACAUGACACGCCCCAAAUUCAGGCCCUGUACAUCUUGCCAGACUCCCAAUCAGGCAAGCAGAAGAACCUGCUGUGUCUGCUUCGGAAGUCUGUCCACCAAACAGAAGCUAAAAGAAAAAGUAGAAUCAUUGGAUAGCCAGUGGGGGCAAGCUGUCUUGAAAAACAGAAAUGUUGGCCGGAUAAUUGAUUCUGCCCGCAUUGCAGUGCGGAAACUUGAGGCUAUAGGCUACAAGCCCAUUUUAUUUAUUGGCAAAAAAGACAAGGAUUCACAUAAGUGGGUAGCAGAUGUUAUUACCCAUUUGGACCCCACUUCUACUACAAGAAAUUUCCUGGAGAAGAUGCAGAGGGCAUAUGAAUUUAUACUGUCUAAGGGAACAUCCACACCAGUGCAACCCAAUACCCCCACAGAACAGCAGGUUGUGCAGUCCAAGAAUGCCACCAAGGAGCAUUGUGCCGACAAACAGACCCACAUCAAAGAGCACGCAGAGAUCCCCAGUGAAGAACAGGCAGAGACCCUGAUCAACAAGCAAGCAGAGAGCCUCGCCAAGGAGCAGCCAGAGAUGACCACCCAGGAACAUCAAGCUUCUAGGCUCCUCGAGGAGCAGCCAAAGAGCCUGUCAGACGAGCAGACAGAGACUGAUUUUGUUCUCAAUCUUGUUCCUUUAUCUCCUUCUUCUGUUCCAUGCUCCCAGUCUUUCCAACAAAGAAGAGAGACAGAAGCACCUCACAAACAACCUCUCCCACCUCUCCACCAACUUUUAAACCCACAGACCAGCCAUCUCUGCAGUCUCUUCAUCCACCUGCUAGCCACGCAAUCUCCCAGUCCUCAAGUCUGGAUGGCCAACAUGAAAAUAAGAAGAGAAAGAGCUGUCGAAGAUGUAGUAGGCAGAAGGUGUUCCAGUUUGAAGCAGUCACUGAGAGCAGGAUAAAUGAGG